CGACAUUGACCUCUGGAGCCACCUUGUCCUCCUCUUCUAUAUAUUCCCCCACUCUGAUCCUAAUCACAAUUACAACUUUCAAUUGCAUACCCACUUCUGAAACCCUAAUUCCCUCAAUUCCCAAUUCUCUCUCUCGAUCGAUCAAUCCGAUAACAAUGGAGGGUGAUUCUGGUGUUGAUCUCUCGUCACUGAAUCUUCUCUCCGAUGUCGCCCUGCUUCUCCAAUCUUCUUCUUCGUUGAGUCUUUCUGCUUCUCAUUUCAACCCAGAUGGUAAAUUUGAUAGGUAUUCUUGUGAUUUCUUGGCCAAUUCUGCAACCCAGGUAUUGGUGGAGUUGAAGAUCCUGAAGAAGAAAGGGUUGCUGGCGGUUGUUGAAAACAAGUUGUUGAUACCCAAGAAGAAAAGGUCUAGCGUCAUGAAAAGGAAGAGGCUUUGUUGUGGAUUUGGGGAAGAUGAUGAUCUAGUUCAAAGAGUCAAGAGGCACAAAACUAGUGCUGCACAUCAAUUGGGAUCAUCAUCAUCUUCAGCACAAUUAGGUGUGGCUCUUCAUUCUCAAGAAAUGAAAAAGAAGAUUAACGGCCUUAUUGGUGGUGGAGACAUCUCACUCUGGUCAUUCCAAAGGAAAUCUCCGCUUCGCUUUUCUCUGAUCAAGCUUAAUGUCUCUGCCAGGACAACUAUGGUUAGUUAGUACAUUUGAUGAGGUAAUAGUAUUAUCUAGAUUCUUUUUGGGUUUAUUUCUUAUGAAUCUAAUUUCGUCGAAUCAAGUAGAUAUUCAUGUGGUUUCUUUACAUACCAUAUUGAUCACAUAUCUUCCUGUUUGUUUGUUUAUUUUUUCCGAGCUCUGCACUAUUUCUAGUCUUUCAGGAUUCUCCUCCUCCUAGUGGAACUCCACAGAGACUUCCUAACACUGAGGAGAUGCAGUUGUGUUGGUUUUCAAAUCUGAGCUCUGUUAAGUUCAUGACAAACCAUUGAGAUCAACGGAGGUGGAAAACUUCGGUAUUGUCUUUUAAAUGUUAGUGGAUUGUUUCUGUCCAUCAUUUUGACUGUUGCCACUUGCCACUGAUCAAGUUGGUUGAGGACUUGCAUGUUCAGAGAUGGUAUUAGCGAGAAAUGAUAGGUUAUGUAGUGUUGUCAUUACUUUUGUUUUUCUUCUCAUUAUAGCACCA